GUUGUUGGAGUGCAUCAAGUAGAUAUCGCAAACAGUUGAGCGCGUAAAGGUGAAGGCAUGGCCAUAGUGAAACUGGUUAAGAAUAAGGCUUAUUUUAAACGCUUCCAAGUCAAAUUCAAAAGGCGAAGAGAGGGAAAAACUGACUACUAUGCUCGCAAACGGCUAAUUUGGCAGGAUAAAAACAAAUACAAUACACCUAAAUACCGUCUGGUGGUCCGUUUUACUAAUAAGGACAUAAUCUGUCAGAUUAUUUAUGCACGCAUUGAUGGAGACCGAGUAUUGUGCUCCGCCUAUUCUCACGAAUUACCUCGAUAUGGCGUUAAGGUGGGACUGACUAAUUAUUCCGCCGCCUACUGUACAGGUCUUCUUUGUGCCAGGCGCGUAUUGAAGCAACUAGGCCUGGAUGGUCUUUAUGCUGGAGCUGAGAAAGUCGAUGGGCAAGAAUAUCAUGUGGAAUCUGUUGACGGGGAAAAGUCUGCUUUCAGGUGUCAUCUUGACAUUGGUCUUGCAAGGACUACAUCCGGUGCCAAUAUCUUCGGGGCUCUUAAAGGUGCCGUUGAUGGUGGUCUAGACAUACCUUACUCACCCAGUAGAUUCCCGGGUUACAACCAGGCGUCUAAAGAGUACAAUGCCGAGGUUCACCGAGCCCGUAUACUAGGUCAUCAUGUAGCUGAAUAUAUGAAACUACUUCAAGAGGAAAGCGAAACUGAUUAUCAGCGUCAGUUCAGUGGAUAUAUAAGACAUGGGAUCACUGCUGAUAAAAUUGAGGCAAUGUACCUUUCAGCUCAUGCAGCAAUUCGAGCAGACCCCUCACAUAUUACUAAGGAGCAGAAGGAGGUUCAACCGAAGAGAUUCAAUCGCAGAAAGUUGUCUUCCAAACAAAGAAAGGAACGUGUUCGACAAAAGAAGACACACUAUCUCUCUCAACUCAAAAAAGAAAUAGCCGCUGCUGAAUAGUUGUCUGUUAUAAUAAAAUGUUGGUCCAGUAUUUUCUAGUUUAGUCUAGUCUUUGUCACGUUUACCUUAUAUUCCAUCUAGGUUAUUUUCUCGUGACCACCUAGAGGUGAUCUUUUGGUCAUUAGAGUUGACCGAUUAAGGCUUGAUAUUCC